ACUUCUGUUGCUCACUGCUCUGACGUCAGCAACCUGCAGCUCAACGGACGACCUAACGAACGACCGAGCCCCUGCCGGAGCAGUCGAGAGUCAGCCCCAGUCAGAGUCCCCGCCGCCCGCCUCGGAGGAGCCAAACGGAGGAAGAGCGUCCCGGAAUCAAACGAUGAGAGCGCUGCUCACCGCCGCCAAGUAACGCGCGCACACACACACACAGGCGCGCACACACGCACACACAGGCGCGCACACCCUACCGACGACGAGCGGAGAGGAAGAGCACCGGCACCGUGAUUUACCGACUGAAACGACAGCAGAGAGACGGACGGAGCGGCAGCACCGAGGCCCCGCUUGAGAAACGGAACACAACCGCAGGGGGUUGCGUCGAGUUGUAUUUGAGCUGCGGACCAAACCGAGAGGAUCCUCCAUUUAAAUGCGUUAACGGUGCCGUACUCCCGGUUUGAGAGAGCACGAGCGAGGGAGCUGCCCUGAGAGACACGGACCGAGGCACCGCAGAGGAGGAAAAUAACCGAGACCAGAGGAGGAAAAAAAAAAAAAGAACAAAAAAAGAAGAAAAAUAUUUGCAACCAGUUUUGGUCCCACGCGCAAGUCUCGUUGAAUCCCCAUUUUGUUGUAGUUUCCCUCUUUUCCCCGUGGGUCCCGGUACCGGUUAAGCUAUCAAGCUGUGUUCUCUAGCCAUGGGAUGUACUCUGAGCGCAGAGGAGAGGGCGGCUCUGGACCGGAGCAAAGCCAUCGAGAAGAACCUCAAGGAGGACGGAGUGACCGCGGCCAAAGACGUCAAACUGCUGCUGCUCGGUGCUGGAGAGUCAGGGAAAAGCACCAUCGUCAAACAGAUGAAGAUCAUCCAUGAGGACGGUUUCUCUGGCGAUGAUGUAAAGCAGUACAAGCCUGUCGUUUACAGCAACACCAUCCAAUCUCUGGCUGCCAUCGUCCGUGCCAUGGAUACACUGGGCCUGGAAUAUGGAGACAAAGAACGGAAGGCGGAUGCUAAGAUGGUGUGCGACGUGGUCAGUCGUAUGGAGGACACGGAGCCUUACUCUGCUGAGCUGCUCUCCGCCAUGAUUCGCCUGUGGUCCGACUCAGGCAUCCAGGAGUGUUUCAGCCGAGCCCGCGAGUACCAGCUCAACGAUUCAGCGCAGUACUACCUAGAUAGCCUAGAUCGGAUCGGUGCCACAGACUACCAGCCCACAGAGCAGGACAUCCUGAGAACCCGAGUGAAGACCACUGGCAUCGUCGAGACACACUUUACCUUCAAAAACCUCCACUUCAGGCUGUUUGAUGUAGGAGGUCAGAGAUCGGAGAGGAAGAAGUGGAUCCACUGUUUUGAGGAUGUGACAGCUAUUAUUUUCUGUGUGGCGCUCAGCGGAUACGACCAGGUGCUGCAUGAAGACGAGACCACGAACCGUAUGCACGAGUCUUUGAAGCUGUUUGAUUCCAUCUGUAACAACAAGUGGUUUAAGGAAACUUCGAUCAUUCUCUUCCUGAACAAGAAGGACAUCUUUGAAAAAAAGAUCACCAAGUCUCCACUGUCCAUCUGCUUCCCUGAGUACACUGGACCCAACACUUAUGACGACGCAGCAGCUUACAUCCAAGCACAGUUCGAGAGCAAGAAUCGCUCCCCAAAUAAGGAAAUCUACUGUCACUUGACCUGCGCCACGGAUACAGGAAACAUCCAGGUGGUGUUCGAUGCUGUCACCGACAUCAUCAUCGCCAACAACCUGCGAGGGUGUGGCUUGUAUUGAGCUCGCCCCCCCACGCCCCGCAAUGUCUUCCCCCUUCUGUCCCCUCUCCUCCCUCGCCCCACCCGUCCUCCCCCACCUCGUUCCUGUUCCUUUGACACUGCUGUGGAAAUGGUGAUGACGAUAAUGAUUCUGCUGAUUAUUUAAAGAAAAAGAGAAUGAAAAAUGCAACUAGGUGCAUAUUAACAAUGAGGAUCAUUAAAAAAAACAGGCAUAUAUAUAUAUAUAUAUGUUUUUAGUUUUUGUCUCUUCUCACGCUCUGACUUCUCGUCCUAAUGGUCUUUGGCCUGCUGCCAAGCAAACAAAUUUGUUUUAGUCGAAAACACAAACCUGAAGCCUUGAAAACUUCAAAACUUCUUGAACAAAGUCAAUGAAUGCUUCUUACCCCGUCCUCCUACUCUCAGUUGUGUCUUUGUUGUUAACAAAAACAAAGCCUUUCUUUGCCAGACUUUUUUUUAUUAUUGGUAUGAAUAUGAAUUAUGUUUCCUUUUUGUUGAUCGUGUGUAUAUUUAUUACAUGGGUAUCAGUCUGUACACUGAUUUUUAUUCACAAUUUUGCCUCACCUUGACACAUUUUAUUUGUGUUUUACUUUAUUUGUUUUUUGCUAUAGUAGUGAUUAUGUAAUAACAUUAUUUGCCGAAAUAUGUGAAAAUGUUGAUAGCACUAAAAAUACACCGGACAGGUCGGCGAAAAUCCUUAAACACUUGAGACCUGCUGAAGCUGACAACACUUAUUUUGACUUUAGUCUUUUGUUUACGUUGGCCAAGACAUUUAAAGAUGUUUGUUGUCAAUUUCCCUUUUUGUUUUCCAGUAGUAUUACAUUACUCCCCACAAUCCGUUUUUUAUCAACAAGAAGUGAGCCUCCCUGUUCCCCAACCUGGCCUCAGCCACUGGCCAACAUCUGGGCGUGGCCCAAACCAAGAGCCAAUAAGAAAUGUGCUAAACUUCCUAUCGGUGCCAUACGACAGAGGUACUCUACUGCAGAUUGCUCGCUUUCAGAAGCAGGGGCACAGCGUUAAAACUCUACCUUCCUCACUGUUCAACCUUUGAAACCUACUAACAUUCUUUAUGGUAGGAAACUCGUGGUUUGAUAAUUGUUGAUUCAUUUUGUUAAUUUAUUUAUAGAUUAAUCACCUGUCGUACACAUGACACUGUGUCUAAUUCUCUCUUCAUUUACACUCUGCCACCAUGCCUUCUCUUUGCUCCCACCACCUCGCUUUGGUUUUGCCUUUUUUUUGCAUGACGCCCUGCUGUUAUGAUUUUGGGGUCAAAGGGCAUCUCAUCUCCUCCUCCCUCCCUCCUCAUCUCCUCUUACUAAAACCCUGUCACAGAUAGCAUGAGAUACUCAAGCCUUUGUACAAAGAGACUAGUUAAUUCAUAAAAUGUUUUAAAAGAAGCUUCACAUAAAUGCUGUUGAGAUAAUAACAAGAAAUUAUUAAAAAAAAUAGCAAAAAAAAAGAUGGAGAAAAAAACACAAAAAAGACCGUAGGAGAUUGAAAGGCAGAAGAAAAGGAGAGGACUGAUGUUACUGGAUUGGAUGGGGCAGGGUCAAAAAUAAAAAAUGUCAGUUAAAUUUUUAAAGGGUUGAAAAGGUCAUGUGGGUGGUUUGGAGAAAAAAAAGUGUAGAUUUUGUGAUUCUUGCAGUAACAAAAAUAUGAAUCUACACCUAAUAUAUAGAUGAUGAAACCAAUAAACGUGGGUAUUACAACAUCACAACAACUACGAUCAUUAUGAUCCUGUGAUAAGAGAAUCUUUCUUGUGCUUUGUAGCUACAUUUUUUUCUAAAUAUUCCCCUUUUUUAAAAUGAAGAUGUUUUACAGAGGGUUGUAAUUCUGACGGCGAGCUGAUUUGGAUCCACGAAGAUGUCGUCCUGGCCCUGCGUUGUUGUGAUGCUCUGAACUGUUCCCCCCCGCCUCCCCCCUUUUACCGUUUUGCCUGUUUCCCUGCAUCAGAACCGUGUCCUCACUUUAGCCUGACUCAGAACGAUUAAAUAUUAUAUUAUAACUAUCUAUUUUUAUUAUUUCAGAAACAAUGAACCACUUUUUGGGGGAGAGCACGUUUCUCGCUGCGCCCGCUAGUUAGGGACGCCGCAUGUUCACACAUCGACGCUGUAUAAAAUCAUGCUCCGUUCUUCUCUGUCUCUUUUCAGUUUGACAGACACCUUCCAGGUCUACAAUGAAAAGCACAGUUCUCACAUCUCACACACACACACACACACAUUUGCUCGCACUUACACAAACACACACAAUGAGUAGAUUUGGAAAUUUGUUAUCUGUUCAUACCUGAUCUAUGUUACCUCUCAUUGAACUAUCUAUCAUCUAUAUUGAACUCUCUUUCUUGCCUUCUUGAUUUAUAGUUUUUAAAAGAGAAAACAACUGUGUAUAAUGACAUGAUAUACCUGUUUCUUUGGCAUUCUGAUCCUGUUACCGUCAUCCUUUCGUUUGAAUAUUUUAAACUCUUUGUUUUGUUCUUUACCCAGUGAAUGCUAUUUUUUUCUGUGCUGUUUUCUCUCUUUCUCUCUCUCUCUCUCUCUUUCUCUCUCUCUACUCUUUAGUGAAUGGUUGUUAUUUCAUGUGGGAUGUCCGUACUGGAAAAACCAAUCGAAUGUAGUGUUUACAUUAAAAAGCCACUGUUUUCAUGACUACAAAAAAACCUC